UCAAUUGAAGCUGAUGAGACUAUAGUAAACCAAGUGAAAUGUCGAAGGAAGAGAUGAAGAUCGGUAGAAGAUUUGAGGGCAAAGUCGCAAUUGUGACGGCUUCUACUCAAGGCAUCGGCUUCAGCAUCGCCGAGCGUCUCGGGUUGGAAGGCGCCGCCGUCGUCGUUUCUUCUCGCAAACAGAAAAAUGUGGAUGAAGCAGUUGAAAAGCUUAAAAAUAAAGGAAUUCAAGUGUUGGGAGUUGUUUGCCAGGUCUCAAAUGCGCAACAAAGGAAAGAUCUUAUUAACAAGACUGUUGAGAAAUAUGGAAAAAUAGAUGUGGUUGUAUCAAAUGCUGCUGCAAAUCCUACUGUCAGUCUAUUGUUAGAAACACCAGAAUCUGUCCUUGACAAAGUAUGGGAAAUAAACGUUAAAGCAAGUGUACUUCUUCUACAGGAGGCAGCUCCUUACUUGCAGAAGGGUUCAUCAGUUGUUCUUAUUUCCUCAAUUAUGGGUUAUCACCCUCAGAUUGCUAUGGCUAUGUAUGGGAUAACUAAGACAGCUCUUCUUGGAUUGACAAAGGCUCUGGCAAAGGAGAUGGCACCUGAUACCCGAGUAAAUUGUGUUGCUCCUGGUUUGGUUCCUACCAACUUUGCAGCAUUCCUAACAAAAGAUGAGGUCCUGAGGAAGACGGCUGAGGAAAGCACAUUACUUGGAAAACUUGGCACCCCGGGGGAUAUGGCUGCUGCAGCCUCUUUCUUGGCAUCCGAUGACGCUAGUUAUAUCACCGGAGAAACUCUUGUGGUGGCUGGGGGAGCCCCCUCAAGACUUUAGUAAGUUUCUAAAGGUUAAUAUUACAUUAACAGCAACAAUGUAAUAUUCCAUCAAAAUUAUUGCAUUUGUUUUGAUAAAAAACUUUUCGUAAUGCAAGAUUUGUGUCAAUUUUAUCCUUUA